ACGGCAGAGGGUGGGAGGAGGUGCUCGCAGAGCGCGGCUUCCCAGGCGUGAGUAUGACGACGUGCGGGUUUGUUCAGGAGAGCCGAUACGCACAUCCUGAUCUGUGCCACGAGGAUGUGCUGGAGACCGAGUCGCCGUUUGCGACGGUGGUUGCGGCUGGGACAGCCGUGUACUCGUUCCUGGUGGUGGGCGAUCAGAACGCCGGCAAGUCAACGUUCCUCCACGCGUGGUCGGCGUCGGCGGACAAGGCCUUUCUCUCCCUCACCUCGUGGCUCCCGUUCCUCUCGGCGUCGUUUGUCAACUCGCGCGUGCUAUCGUCGGCUGGUCCGAGGUCCAGCCUGGGCCCGGGCGACCAACCGCCGUUUCUCGACACCGAUCUAGGACGGGCUUCGCUCCUGGUCACGCUCGAGACCUUUGCGUUCUUUGUGGCCGAGUUUGGCCUCGAUCCCGCGCUGGUCACUGACCUGGAUGCCGCGGACCGAUACGUGGCCAUCCAGUUUGUGGAGAUCGGCGGGGACCAUCUUGACCGCAUCAUGACCAGUGACGACGAGCUGGCAGCUGCGCCCGAGCCCGGCCUGCUCGAGCUGGUCGCCACCUCGCGCGCCAUGCUGAGCUCGGUGGCGUCGGCAGUCUACUUUGUCAACGGCGCCGAAUGGGCAGAGAGCCCCGACGCCGCCGCCGCCGCGCUGCGGUCCCGUCUGCAAUAUCUGGACGGGCUGUAUGCGGGACAUGAGGCUGCUCUCGAGCUCAUGAUCUGCAUCACGCGGGUCGAGCUCGGGUCGGACGCCGCAUCGCAGGUCCGCGACCAAGUGGUGGAGCUUGUGGCCGGCGACGAUGCUGCCCCGCGCGGCGGCCUUGCGUUUGGACCUUUGUGGCUCUGCGCACACAUCGACGCUGGCGGGGAUCUAGUGCCAGACCAGAUCAUGCUCACGCUCUCGCGGCUCUUCCGAGCUGCCACCUUUGCGCCACCGGACUCUGCAGUGGCGGUGGGCUCGCUGGACGGGGUGACAGCACGCUGCCUCGCUCAAUGCUACAAAGACACGGUGGCAGCCGCUGCUGGCGAGAACGGUGACGGGUUUUGGCCGUUCCUCGACCGCGAUUCGUUUGACGAUUGGAUGGACGACCGGCCGGUCGGCGAGCUUCCUCCACCGCUCCUGUUGCAGUCGUUUGAUCGGGUGUUUGAGCGGCUUGCCGCUGAUGCGCGAGUCGCGGUCAUCGAGAGUUGUGACGGCCUCGGUAGUUUGAGCGUCGCUGUUGCCGGCCACGGACACUGGGCUUCGCCGCUCUGUGACCGCCGACCCGGCGCAGGUCUCGCCGGACGCUUCCCACUCUACGCUCCGCUGAUGGAGCAGUUUGAGUUUUUCAUGGAGCGCAACCUCCCGCCGCAGUUCUGGUACACUGCCCCCGGCGCCAAGCCAAGCCAGUCCGAAACUGCAGCUAGCGCACCAGCUUUGGUUGCCGCCGGCCUCCGCACCCGCAUCAUCGACGCGCUAACAGCAGCGCUCGCCCCGUCGACCCACCAUGCCCGACUCUUUGUCUGGCUUCUCGAGGACUACGCGCUCCUCGCGGCCCACGCUAAUGCUGCUGCCAUCGGCCCGCUCUCACUUCCAGUUACAGUCUGCCAUGUUGGAGCCGUUCUAGAAGCAGCUGGUCUCGUGGCGGAUGACGGAUCGCGGCUGUUGUGUGUGGAGCUUGAUGUCGAAGAGUAA